AUGCCUCCCACCGCUCUCGAGCCCAUUAUAACACCCGAACCAGGCAAAGAAACCGCCAAAGAAGCCUCCAUCCAACCCACCCCACUACCCACCACCGCCAUGCCAUCCAGCAACCCGACCCACGAAGAACACCAAUACCUCUCCCUGAUCCGCGACAUAAUUCAAAACGGCGAGCACCGCCCCGACCGAACCGGCACAGGGACCCUCGCCGUGCCCUUCCCACCCCAAAUGAAAUUCGCCCUCUCGCGCCCAUCCAGCGACCCAACACAGCCACCCACGCCCAUCCUCCCCCUCCUCACCACAAAACGCGUCUUCCUGCGCGCCGUAAUAGGCGAGCUCCUCUGGUUCGUCGCAGGCAGUACACACAGCAAAUCCCUCUCAGAAGCGGGAAUCAAGAUCUGGGACGGAAACGGCAGCCGCACCUACCUCGACAGCGUCGGCCUCUCCCACUACGAAGAAGGCGAACUCGGACCCGUCUACGGCUUCCAAUGGCGGCAUUUCGGCGCUGAGUACAAAGGACAUGCGGAAGACUACACAGGCCAGGGCGUUGAUCAACUCGCCGAGAUCAUCGAUAAGCUCAAGAAUAAACCGUAUGAUAGACGGAUUAUUCUGAGUGCGUGGAAUCCGGCGGACAUUAAGAAGAUGGCGUUGCCGCCUUGUCAUAUGUUUGCGCAGUUUUAUGUUAGUUUUCCGGGGCAUAAACAGGGGGAGGAGAGACCGAGAGGUGUGUUGCAUAGUUUGUUGUAUCAGCGGUCUUGCGAUAUGGGUCUUGGUGUCCCGUUUAAUAUCGCGAGUUAUGCGUUGCUGACGCAUAUGCUGGCGCAUGUGUGUGAUCUCACGCCGGGAACUUUUACGCAUACAAUGGGGGACGCGCAUGUUUAUCUGGAUCAUGUGGAGGCGCUGAAGGUGCAGUUGGAUAGGGAGCCGCGCGACUUCCCGGAACUGAAGAUAAACAGGGAGAUUGGGGGUAGUAUAGAUGGGUGGAAGGCGGAGGAGUUUGAGGUGCUGGGGUACAAGCCGCAUGCGAGUAUUGCGAUGAAGAUGAGCGUUUAG